UAGUCCACGGACGGCCGAUCGAGGAUGUGCCGUAAGGUGUUAGCCGCGACGCGAGCCGUUCGACUAAUCGGUAUUUCGAUUUCGAGUACGUAGUACUUGGCCCCAUAGCGAGGCGCGCACGAGGUCCCGCGAUUGGCCAGUUUACGAAAACGACGAUGGCUCCGUGAGGAGAGGAGAACAUGGCUGCGACGCAAGCCGAGAGCCAACAAAACGAUGUGAAGCUGAACGAGUCCGUGAAAUGCGCACAGAAGCGUACGCAAGUCGGUGGGAAUAGUGCGAGUGCUAGUGCGAAGCAGCAGCUGGAUUCCGAGCCGGACGAUAAAGUGUCCCGGGGCGCGGCCCAGCUGCUUAAAUAUGUGAGUCGCGGCGGGGACACGACGGGCUACGAGAUGAGUCAAUACCGCGAGGACAUUGGCGGACACACUGCCGCCGGUGAGGUAAAAUCGCCGCGUGAGGCCGGCCAGACGUCCCAGGAGCCCGUCGGCAAGCAAGAGGCGCACGACGCGCCCGGCCAUCCCGGCCACCCGGGCCAUCCGUUCGCGCCAAACGUGAUACGCGACUACUCGGACGAGUAUAGCAACAACAAAUCCGGCGACCAAUUCGCCCCGACCAAGUCCUCCCUCGUUGUCGAUUAUCCCCCCGGCAAGCAGCUCCCGGAGUACGUUGCCAAGCACGCGGACUUUCCCGGCAAGCAGCUCGACUAUCAUGGUAAACACUUGAUGCACGAGUCCGACCGGACCCACCGGGCCGAGAUGGAGGAGCAUUACUCUCCCUCUAAGAUCGAGACGCGAUUGUACGUCGGUGCUACCUCCAGCAACUUCGGUCAGCCGAGGUUUCUCUCUGGACAGGGUAUGUCCCAGACCGCUGGUCCUACCCCUACCUUGAACCAAUUGCUACAGGCGUCUACUCCGGUCCAUCGGUUUCAUGGAAAUUAUCCCGGUAUGGGACCUGAGUAUCAGCAGCCAUGGCCUAUGCAAAGGCCACCGGUUGUGCCUCCAGUUUAUCCGCAACCCAGUCAGCGUCCUCCGCAGACGGGUUCACCGAGAUUACAUACAGGACCAGGAGCACAGAGUUCUCCAACACCCAUGCAAUAUCAACAAUAUACCCAACGAUAUUCUUCACCUACGAGACCUCACGCACCUUAUAGUCAUCAUCAGCUAAACUCUUAUACGACGCAAACCAGUCAUCCCUCAAGCUUAUAUACGGAACAAAGAGGGUGGAAUCAAGGCGGUCCACCAAAUCCACCUCCACCGCCAAGUAAUCAGGUCACUCCAUCGGGUCAGUCACCACAGCGUGCUUUGUCUCAGUCUCCAGCUCCACCACCUGCUGCGUCACCGCAACCACAAGCUACCAGUCAGACCCAGGCUUUCCACAAUAUACAACAGCGAGCUACAACACCAAAUACUCAAGGAAUUGACUCUGGGGAAUUAUCAGGACAGAAUAGUAACGACAGUUCGAAUGGACCAGCUUGCCCAGGGACACCGAAUUCUCAGGGGAUGAGACCUACCCCGUCACCAACAGGAUCCACAGGUUCUCGCUCGAUGUCCCCUGCUGUUGGUCGGUCUUUUUUACGCCAACAAAACGUUCAGAUGCCUCCACGUCCGUCGAGUAGCCAGUCGGAUAGUAGUGGGCCAGCACCGCGAAUGAGUCACUCUCCUAUGACCACUCAAGGAGCAUACCAGCAACCAUUGGGUCCUUCACCACAUAUGCAUAGCUACAAAAUGAACAGUACUGGUCCUGGUGUAGUACAACCGGGACCUGGUUCGACGGCUCUCGGUGGGAUUAGUCCAAUGGGUGGUGGAAUGGGUUAUGCAGCUGGUGGGGCAGCUGCAGGUCAACCUGGAGGUUAUCAUGCACAAUCUACGUAUCCACCUCCUCGUCCUCACAUGCAGUUUCCACAAGGAUACCCAACACCUGCGAACUCGCAACCGCCACCCAACAAUCAGUAUCAGCCUCCCAACAGACCCAAUAACUUAGUACAAUAUCCACCGUACACGCAUAAAAUGGGCUUUAAUAGUGUACCGCCGGGAAUGCCACCGAGUCCGGGACCGCCGCAAGUUUAUGGUGCUGGUGGUGCAACCGCAAUGGUACCGCCAGGCGCUCCAGGAGUACCUGUCAUUGGUAAUAUGGGACCGCCGGCGAGCUCGAUGGGUCCACCACCACCGUCUCCUAAUCACAUAAGUAAUCAACCACCACCGCCUACCAGUUCGGCAGUGCCACAUUUACAUACGCCGGCAGCUACGCCGCCUCUCAACCACGAGGGUAGCCCGAUGCCACCGCCGAGUACAACACCGAAUUCACAUCCCGCGUCAGCACCAACCCCUACCAGCCACAAUUCCGCAGAUCUCACGGCUGAGACUUCCAACGACAGCGGUAUAACCACGACUGCUUCAGGUACGUCAGCUAUAAAUGUCAUAUCUACUUCAAGUGGUACUGUGACAUCUGUAAUAACAACAGGUCCAGACGGCACGUCUCUGGAUGAAGGUUCGCAGCAGUCAACGUUAUCUAAUGCAUCAGCUGCCUCUGGUGAAGAUCCAGCAUUUACACCAAAAGUGCGAAAGGAAAUGAUAGGAGGAUAUCACAGUCAUCCUGCGACACCACAGAGCACUGUUCCGUCUCCUGGCGCUGCUAGCAUUAAUUCGAUUCACGAAGAAUAUUCUGAUAUGAAUAGUCCUGGUUGGCCGCGUACUCCUGCUAGUCCUGUGUUUAACAGUCAUGUGCCUCAAGACCCGUACAGAUCUAAGAAGACAGAUAGUCUGGCAAAAUUAUACGAAAUGGACGAAUCGCUAGAACGAAGGAGCUGGCUGGAUAAGCUAGUCAACUUCAUGGAAGAACGAAGAUCACCGAUCACCAGCUGUCCUACCAUCUCCAAGAACCCCCUCGAUCUAUUUCGGCUUUACCUCUACGUGAAGGAGAGGGGGGGCUUCAUGGAGGUAUGCAAGGUGACGAAAAAUAAGACGUGGAAGGAUAUAGCUGGUCUAUUGGGCAUCGGUGCCAGCAGUAGCGCUGCUUACACUUUGCGCAAGCAUUAUACGAAACAUCUGCUAGCAUAUGAGUGUCACUUUGAUCGUGGCGGUGUGGAUCCGCAACCCAUUAUCAAUCAGGUCGAAGCGGGUUCGAAGAAGAAGGGAUCCAAGGGAACUGCUUCCGUACCAUCGCCGGGUUCUUCCAAUUCUCAAGACUCCUUUCCCGCUGCUGGAUCAAGUAACGCUUCUAUGGACGGUUAUGGAAGCUACCAGGGUAGUUAUGCAGGCGGCACACCUGGUGGCCCAUCGUCAGAGUAUACACCGCCACCACCCAGGCCACCCAGCCAAAGCAGCACACCCUCCGCCCAUCAAGGAAUACAACAAGGCACUUACCAAAACACAGGCUCUUAUCAGAACUAUCCUCAAGAACAAUAUAUACGGCCGCAGGGAAACUCGAUGUCUCAACAAGGAGAGUUCAAUCAACCGUACUCUCCCAGAUCGCAUUAUCCUCCAUACGUACCGGAUGUCGACAGGGGAUAUCCGAGUGGUAACAUGCCGCCAAACAACGCUACUGGACAGGAUAUGUACAACAGAUACACCAGCGGUGUCAAUCAACAAGGUCCCGCUAGUUAUCCUACGGGAACGCCUCCUAACGCGCGGAGCAACAGCUAUCCUUCGGGACCGCAGACUCAUCCGGUCACUGUGCAACAGCAAACGGCGACUAGCCAGCCUUCCUCGCCUUCGCAACCGCCAACUGUGCCGUCAUACUCGUGUCCGCAAGACUACUAUCGACAGGAACAAAGUGGAUAUGGAGCGCCCGCUGGAACUCAAAUAUAUACCACAAGCGGAUCGGCUAACAAGAACAUGCCACCACCCCCUCCAGGUCCCACUCAACCUAGACGCCACCCAGACUUUGCCAAAGACCAACAGUAUCCCCAAUAUAAUCAACAACGACCAGCGUAUCCAGGAUGGCCAAAUACAACUAAUCAGUACAAUAGUAAUAGUGGAAACAAUAGGGUUCAAUACCCGAGCCAGCCGGCACAAUCGCCAUCACAACAACCACAACCACAACCGCAACCGCCGCAACAAGGAACCCAAGUCGUCACCGCUGCCCCAACUGCUCCGGCAGUCAACAUGGCUAGUAAUCAACAAUGGGCCAGUCAGUCAUCGAAUAGGCCUUCAUGCCAACCGCCUAUAAACGCUAUAGCGCACCCGCCUCCACCGUGGGAUCAUCGCUACACGAAUCAACCGUCCCCUUUGUAUCCAACACCCGGAAAUCAUCAGACUCAACUCGGAGUAAAUCCCAUGAUCAGCCAACAACCGACGUCAAAGAGAGAAAUGACAUUCCCUCCUGACAGUGUAGAAGCGAUCACGCCUCUUUUGUACAAGCGACGAAAAUUGACGCGCGCUGACGUGGCGCCAGUAGAAGCUUGGCGCAUUAUGAUGGCUUUGAGAUCGGGUCUGCUCGCUGAAAGCUGCUGGGCCCUUGACGUAUUAAACAUUUUGUUAUUCGAUGACUCUUCAGUAAGUUAUUUCGGAUUGACACACCUCCCCGGACUACUGGACGUUCUGCUGGAACACUUCUCGCGUUCUCUCUCCGACAUGUUCGAAUCAUGUGUAAACGACGACGAUCGCUAUUGCCAGGCCGCAGAUGGUCCGGAGGUAGACCUCGGUGCGGUAACGCGCCCGAUCGAUUCGGAAGAUCGGACGAAAUUGCUGUCGACAUCGAAUUAUACGUAUCUCUCGAGGAGAGGUCGCCCCGUUAAGAUCGUCCCUCGGGAUGACGAUUUGUUUGUUUUGGACACCCGGAGGCCUUGGGAUCAUCAGGAGUGCGAGUCGGAAACCGAGCCGUGGCAAGUCGACACGAACGCGACCAAAUACAUCGUCACGUGUUUUCAGUCUGAGGUGGGCUCGGUGCCUUUCGCCCGUUUAUUAAGGGACGAGAAACCGCCGUUAUUGCAGAAGGAAGUUGACAGCACAGAUUUGAAAGACGAAGCCAAAGCGGAUAGCGUCGGUGGUGUCCACGAGACGUUAGACUUCACUCAUAAAUCCGGUGAGCUUGGCGACAAGCAAUCUAAUAAAGACAGUGGCGAACGCAAGCAGCAGCAACAGCUGGACAAGAAAAAGAAGACGAAAACUUUGAGUGACGUGCUGUCGAGGAUCAAAAAGGAGCCGGUAGAGAUGAACGAUCUCACAAGGGAGUUGUUCGAGAAGAAAAAUGACGGUUUUAAAAAGGAUUGUGACAGCGAAGUGACGAAAGCAAACAACAAUAUGGGUGAGCACUUUGGCAGUGAUAUGUCAAAGAACGACGAGGACUCGUUGCCGACGCAAAAUGGACUGAAUGAAUCGGUAGCGACGGUUUCAGGCAACAUUGAUAAUACCAUAGAUAAAGCUGAGAUCAAGACAGAAACGACGGAUGAACAUGAAUUGCUAACGACGAGAGACGACAGGGAGGGACCAAGAUUACAAAUAAGAGAUCCGGCAGGAACGUUAAAACGACGGAGGAUAAGUGACUACGAGGACGAGAGCUACUCCAGGGACGAAGCGAGUCUUUACCUGGUGACAGAAACGCAGGACAACCUGGCUCGUCGUUGCGUGUGCCUGUCUACAAUCUUGAGGAAUCUCACUUUUAUCCCCGGCAAUGAAGCGGAAUUCGCAAAGAACGUUACGUUCCUCAGUCUACUUGGCAAGUUAUUGCUAUUGCAUCACGAACAUCCGAUACGGGCGCAAAAAACGCGCAAUUACGAUCGUGAAGAGGACGCAGAUUUUGCGGACUCGUGUAGCAGUCUACAAGGCGAGGGUGAAUGGUGGUGGGACUUUCUCCAUCAUGUGAGGGAGAACGUCCUCGUGAUGGCCGCCAACAUAUCCGGCCAUAUGGAUCUGAGCCAGCAUCCGGAGGAAAUCUCGCGGCCUGUGCUUGACGGUCUUCUUCACUGGGCCGUAUGCCCGGCUGCGCAUGGUCAGGAUCCUUUCCCAACGGUUGGUCCAAAUUCCUCGUUGUCGCCGCAGAGACUCGCGCUUGAGGCUUUGUGCAAAUUAUGCGUUACCGAGUGCAAUGUUGAUCUGGUAGUGGCGACGCCGCCGUACUCACGAUUACAGAGACUAUGCUCGGUGCUGACUAGGCUCCUCUGCCGCAGCGAAGAACAGGUGCUGCGUGAGUUCGGCGUGAAUCUACUGCACUUCCUGUCAGCCGCAGACAGCGGCGUCGCGCGCACCAUCGCCCUGCAGACGCCGUGCGUUGCGCUGCUCGUUGCAUUCAUCGAGCAGGCCGAAUCAAGUGCAAUCGGUGUCGCUAAUCAGCAUGGUCUCGCGGCUCUGCGCGACAAUCCCGAAUCGAUGGGAACUAGCCUGGAUAUGUUGCGACGUGCGGCCGGCACGCUGCUCAACCUCGCCAGGCAUCCGGAUAACCGAACUCUCCUUCUGCAACACGAGUCCCGCCUGCUCGCCUUGGUGAUGAGCCAGAUCCUGGAUCAACAGGUCGCUGCGAUAGUCGCGCGUGUGUUGUUCCAGUGUUCGAGGGGCACGUAACUCUCUGUCGUCGGUCGGAACACUAGUACGCGAUUCGCGCGGAUUAUUAUUAACGAUGCCGACGGUGACAACGACGAAUAAG